AUGCACAAGAUAGCAGAAGCGAAAAGCCACACGGAUCUGCAGGUCAGCGUCGAGCGCUCUGGCAUGGAUUCGUUGAUUCUCAAGCAGUUCUUGUACAAGCUUGAGAACCUAGAGAUUGUGCAGAUCAACGUCAUCAGUUUCUAUUGUCUUGAUCCUGAGCCCGUCGAUGACGGCCUCAGAUUUACGCAAGCUCGAGUUCCACGGCGACAAUCAUAUCUAAGAGCUAUCGUACCAACCGGCCGGGCCUUUUCAAUGGUCUAG